GGUUGCAGUCAUAUGACACACUGAGUGUCUCACUUCCUCAAACUCUCUCAGUUCAUCCCACUGUGUGUGCUGCUGUUCGCCUCUCAUAACCCUCGUCUGCUGGACAGCUUUUCUUCAGGUAGACAGGUCGCAGGUUUGGUCUGCUUCGGUCCUCAUGGCGAGCGCGCGCGUGCUGUCCACCUGUCUCUUUGUCGCGCUUCUCACCUGCACGCUCAGGUGUUCACACUGCGUCAAACUGAGCAACAUCAUCCUCAUUCUCACCGACGACCAGGAUGUGGAGAUGGGGGGAAUGACUCCCAUGAAGAAGACCAAAGCACUGAUCGGUGAUGCUGGUGUGACUUUCUCCAAUGCUUUCACUGCCACCCCUCUGUGCUGUCCCAGUCGCAGCAGCAUCCUCACUGGUAAAUAUCCACACAAUCAUAUGGUCCGAAAUAACUCCAUCUCUGGCAACUGUAGCAGCACAACAUGGCAGAAAGAGGCCGAGCCCUUCGCCUUUCCAGUUUACCUCAAUAAACUGCGCUACCAGACCUUCUACGGCGGGAAAUACUUGAAUCAGUAUGGAAGUAAAGACGCAGGCGGUGUGGGUCAUGUGCCUCCUGGCUGGGACCAAUGGCACGCACUGGUGGGAAACUCUAAAUAUUACAAUUACACGCUGUCUUUGAAUGGAAAAGAGGAAAAACAUGGAGACAACUAUGAAAAGGACUAUCUCACAGAUCUGGUUUUGAACCGCUCGCUGCAUUUCCUGGAGGAGCGGAGCCCCAAUCACCCGUUCUUCAUGAUGUUGUCCCCACCGUCUCCUCAUUCGCCGUGGACGGCCGCCCCUCAGUAUCAGCAGUCCUUCAGCGAUGUCAAAGCACCUCGAGAUGGCAGCUUCAACAUGCCUGGAAAGGACAAACAUUGGUUAUUACGGCAACCUGCGAAUCCAAUGCCAAACAGCUCCAUUGAGUACCUCGACAACGCUUACCGUAGGAGGUGGCAGACGCUUCUGUCGGUGGACGAUAUGGUGGAGCAGCUGAUCAAGAAACUGGAUUCAAUAAAGGAGUUGAGCAACACAUACAUCUUCUACACGUCUGAUCACGGCUAUCACACCGGCCAGUUCUCAUUGCCAAUUGACAAGAGACAGCUGUACGAGUUUGAUAUCCGCAUCCCUCUUUUAGUUCGGGGUCCAGGAAUUAAACCCAAACAAGUACUUCAGUCUCCAGUGCUGAAUAUAGAUCUUUCUAUGACUAUCCUGGACAUCGCAGGAGUAAACCUCUCCACCGUCAACAUGGACGGACAGUCUUUCCUUCCACAGAUGGCACCAUCGUUGCGUAACGGCACUGAACGGCCCUUCUUCCUGGUUGAGUACACCGGUGAGGGACAUUCCUCUACAGAUCCCAGCUGCCCUAAACUCGGCCCUGGACUCGCUGAAUGCUUCCCGGACUGCGUAUGCGAAGACGCCUUCAACAACACAUACGCCUGCGUCAGAAGUCUGAAGGAUGCAAACCUGCAGUACUGUGAGUUUGCAGACAACGAGUCAUUCGUAGAGAUGUACAACCUAACGUCGGAUCCCCAUCAGCUGGAGAACAUUGUGAAGAAGGUCGAUCCUGCUCUUCUGCAGAUCAUGAACCAAAGGCUGAUCAAGCUGGAGUCCUGCACGGGUGACAGCUGUCGAAACGUCAAAUAAAACCAUGCCAGAGGGCGGGCCGGACCCCAGCCCUGCUCUGAAAGCCCAUCUCUAGCAGCCAACGCUAAGUUGGGUGAUGUGAAGUCACAUUUCACAAAUCUCUCCUUAAAUUCUUAAAGAGACAGUUCAUGUCCUGUCAGUAUUUACUCAGCCCUUACUUUCUUCUUAUUACCAUACAAUGAAAGUGGAUGGAUUUGCAUUUGGUGCAAGAAAGAAAGUAAUGCAAGUUCACAUGAGUAAAUAUUUACACAAAUGUAAUAUUUGCCAUGAACUCUCCCUUUAAUUGUGAUCUGGGAAGUCACAUGCACUUGUAUCUACAGUGUGAUUCUAGUUCAAAUGCUGUCAUACAGCUACACGAACAGUUUCUAAAGGGCUUGAACCAGUUCAGCUGGAGGAUAACUCAUCGUCAGCCUUGGCUUCUUCUUUUUUUUUUUCAGCACUUUUAUGAUAAAUGAAUGUUUAAACCAAAUCUGGUCGUGUUUGGCUAAAUAUACUUCUAUCAAAACAUUCAUCUUUUGCAUUUUAAGAGUUGUUUUUUUCCUUUUCUGUUUGACCUUUAUACAUGGUUGUCUUAUUUUGAUUUAUUGAUACUGUGAAUUAAGCCUUAUAUGUAUCCAUAAUUGAAAACGCUCAUGUGCCACAGUGGAAAUCCUGUUCUGAUUUUGCUAUUUUAAAAUGAUAAAGGGAAAGGGCUGAUAUAUGAGGAGAUUUCACCCACUUUGAUUUUAGCCUAAAAUGUGAUUGUGC